AUGUCGACGCCAGAAUCAGCAGAAAUGGAGCUCAGUCCGUCGCAGGCAGAAGCUGUGAUUGAAGCCGCUGAUCGCGAUGUGCAAGAAAGUGCAAUUGACGAAAUAAACUGGCUCCCAGAGUCCGUAACGACCAUAAACGAGAAGUUUUACUUCGACAGCACCACAUAUCACACGGCUAUCCCCGAGGAAAUCGAGAAACACAAAGACGGGCGUGUGAUUUUGGGAGUCGAUGAGGCUGGAAGAGGUCCCGUGCUCGGACCGAUGGUUUAUGGCAUCGCAUACUGUUUGGAGGACUAUCAGGAGAAACUCAAGAAAGAAUACGGGUUUGCAGACUCCAAAGUUUUGAAGGAAGCCGUGCGUACAAAUCUCCUUCAGCUUUUGCACGACAAAAACCAUGACUUGUACCGGAAUGUAGGCUGGGCGACUCGCACAAUGACUGCUAAAGAUAUCUCCAACGGCAUGCUUCGGAGUCUUUCGGGACCUGGACCAUACAAUUUGAACGAGCAGGCGCACGAUACUACUAUACAGCUAAUCAAAGAGGUUUUGGCAAAGGGAGUGAACUUGAAGGCCAUUUUCGUAGACACAGUUGGUCCUCCAGCAUCGUAUCAGGCCAAGCUCAAGCGGUUUUUUCCUGAAAUUGACAUCACCGUGACGAAAAAAGCUGACAGUUUGUUCCCAAUUGUCAGUGCAGCAUCUGUGGCAGCAAAAGUCACCAGAGACAAGAACUUGGAGUACUUCCACCAGAACUUAGAUUUGCUCAAGGGUGAAGUGUUGGGCUCGGGAUAUCCUUCAGAUCCAAACACCAGUCGGUGGUUGAACAGCCAUGUGGACCCUGUGUUUGGAUGGCCGCCGGGUCUUCUUCGAUUCUCGUGGCAGACUGCCAAGGAUAGCUUGGAGAGAGCAGGUGCAGCCAAAGUCACCUACGAGGAUGCAUUGAUGAAGAACGCGGGCUACAAGGAUAUUGGUGAUCUCAUGGGUAAUAGCAAACUGGGUUUGAUUGAUGCACUGUUCUAUGGUAGAGACUGUGUGCUAUGA